AUGUCCCAUAGAACAGCUAACACUGAGGUUAGCUCUAUCCUUUUCGUGAAAAAUUUGUCGUUUAAAAUCACAUCAGAAGAAAUGUACGAUUUAUUUGGCAGAUAUGGACCCAUACGACAAAUUCGAUUGGGAAAUACCGUCGAAACUCGAGGAACUGCUUUCGUAGUGUAUGAAAAUGUUCAAGACGCCCUUCGUGCUUGUAAUAAGUUAUCUGGAUACAACUUUAUGGAUCGAUAUUUGGUUGUACAUUAUUACAAUCCAGAAAAGGCAAAGACAGAGGGUGAAAACGUGAAUGCUCGAUACACUGCCCUUGAAGAAGUUAAAAAACGCUAUGGCAUUUAA